AUGAAGAAAAUUCAGUGUUAUAAUUGUGAAAAAUGGGGCCAUUAUGCAGCAAAUUGUUGGCAUGGAAGAGGGAAGCAGAAAAAGGUCUCAGAUGAUGCUGAAGCUCAUGUGGCUCAAGAUGAUUCAGAAGAGGAACCUGUGGUGCUAAUGGUGACAACCAGUGAGGAGGAGUUUGGAUGUGAAAACUGGUUUCUUGAUACUGGAUGCUCGAAUCACAUGACUGGUCAUAAAGAAUGGCUAUCAAACAUAGACAUCAGCAGGUCCAACAAGAUAAAACUGACAGAUGAUAAUGUGAUUAAGGCUGAAGGAGUCGGGAAUGUGGUGAUUAAGAAAGAUGAAAAAGAAACUAUGGUGAUUGAGGAUGUUUUAUAUGUACCAGGAAUGAAAUGUAACCUGCUGAGUGUAGGACAGCUGGUGCAGAAAGGAUUUUCAGUCUCCAUGAAGGAGGAAGUGUUGAAAGUUUAUGAUGCAAGGAAAUGA